CUCUCUCUCUCUCUCAAAUCCAAACCGAACAGGAGUGAUUAAAUAGAGAAAACAAGAAAAGGCAAAAUCCUCUCAUUUUCUGCCUCUUAAGGAACCACUUCAACUUCUCCUCCGCUUCUUCUCUCUAAAGUCUUUGUCGUUUAGAUUCCUAGAAAUUUUGGGUACUGUAUAUAUAGAUAUCUGUAUGUAGAUUGUAGACGCAUAUAAACCACAAGUAGAUAGCUGACGGAGACGUGAAGAGACGGGAAUACCUUUGAGCCGAUUUUGAAUUCCUUGCGAGCAAGCAACCCACUCUGAAGCAGUCAGUGAGCCAACUCUUCUACUUUGUCCUUCUUUGGUAUAUGAGUCUAUCGCUGUUCAUCCACUUGAUUAAUUUUAGGGCCAGACUUUUCGUUCCCUGUGGUGGGUUUUGAUAUUGUUUAAUGGUUCGAUGCCCUGCGUGUUUUCUUUUGCUUGAUUUAGCUUAAAUUUGGUGCGGAGUGCCGUUUAGAAUUCUGGGUUCUUAGUGGGAUUGGAGUUGCUUUGUCUGUUUCUGGCUAAUUAAUUGUUUGGGUUGUAAGAAUCUAUGGCGUCUUCUCAUGGGAACACUCAUUCAGAACCUGCCAAAAUGGAACAGAUAAUUACAGAAUUUUUUGCGAAAAGCCUUCACAUAAUACUGGAAUCGCGGUCCCCGUAUGUUUCAUCACGUAAUAAUUACAGCGGCGAGCAAGUUUUAUCCUCCCCAUCCCCUUCCUCAUCGCCUUCCUCCUCAAGUUUUAAGCCAAGGGACAAGUGGUUUAAUCUAGCUCUGAGGGAUUGUCCUGCUGCCUUAGAGAAUAUUGACUUUUGGCGGCAGAGUAAUCUGGAGCCAAUGAUUGUUGAUGUCAUUUUAAUGCAGAGGCCAAAUGAUUGGGACCCCUCAAGUUUCUCUCCUAAAAGAGGACUUGCACGGAAUUCAUCCGGGAAAGAGCGUUAUUAUUAUGGUUCGGAUAAUGAUGAAUGUGGGUGUGAGGCGAAGAAUGAAAAGAUCAUUGAGAGGUGGGUUUUGCAGUAUGAGAGUAAGAAGAGUAGUGGGAAUGGGGGUGGUUCAUCUGGGAGUAAGAGGUCGAGUUCAACAAGCUCUCAUGCAUUGUACAAGAAGUCCAUACUAUUAUUAAGGUCCUUGUAUGCCACCGUUAGACUUUUGCCUGCUUAUAAGUUAUUCCGUGAUCUCAUUUCGUCUGCGCAAAUUCGGUUGUAUAAUCUUGGCCACCGGGUUUCAUCUUUUGUUGAACCAUUCACCCAUAGAGAAGAGGCAGAUAUGCAGCGAUUCGUAUUUACUCCAGUAGACACUUCUUGUGGUAGGCUUUGCCUCUCAGUCUUGUAUCGCUCAUCAGUAUUGGAUGUGAGUUCGGAGCCUUCAACCCCUAUAUCACCACAAAUCAUUCCAGAAUAUGUGGGGAGUCCCAUGGCAGAACCAUUGAAAAGGUUCCCAUCUGUUCCUGUAUCACAAAGCUCCCCAUCUUCAUCUCCAUUUGGUAGGCGUCACAGUUGGAGUUAUGACUUGUAUAGAGCAUCACCGCCUUCAAUGAAUCCGUCACCUUCACCCACAUAUUCAGAAUCUCAUGCCUCAUUGUCAAAACAGCGUUCCCACCGUCUUCCUCCAGCAGGUUUACCUCGGCAUUUACAUGAUGAAACACCUGCAGCUCAUAUGAAAAAUCCAAGUUAUGAUGAGUAUUCGCCUUCCCCUGUGUUUUCACCGUCUCCAUCUCCAUCACCACCACCACCCACCUAUGUUUCUGGUGGUAAUAUAACUAAGGCUCUUUUACGGUCUGAAAGUGCUCCUGUUAGCAUACCAGCAUCUAGGCUUUCUAGCAUGCCUUCACUGCCAAACAACCAACUGAUGCUUCCUUCACCUCCCAUGAAAGGUACUCGCUUUACUGUUUCUAAGCAUGCUGCACACCCAGGACUUCACCAAACCAGCUCAACAGUUGACAAGUUGUUCUCUUUCAGCAAGGAUGAGCCAGGAAAGAUGCUGGGUGUGAAACCAUCAACAAACAGCUCGCCAUCAAAAUCUUUUUCUAGAAGCUCAAGUAGGCUAUCAUUUCAGGACGAUUAUGAUGAUUCUGAGUUUUCUGGACCAUUUAUUGUAGAUGAGGAUGACAUGGUAGAUCCAGGUUCCAGACCAGGCUCUUUUGAUCUGCCAGGACAUUCAUCCAUACCCCAUGAGCCUGGUGGGAUCUUUCCUGUUAAAAAAUCACAAGAUGCUGCAGUGGGUGCUCUUGUUCAUAUGCUGAAGAAAGCACCGCCGCUUCGUCAAGACAUUUCUGUUACCACUCAACUUCCACAGGGUUCCAAACUUCACACUCUGAGGAGCUGCAUGCAAGAUACUAAUGAGACUUCUGAAGAGCCUACUUCGAAUCUUUCGUCCUCCGGGCUUAUUGCAUCCAAGACUACAGCUGAUGCACUGGAGGAGCUCCGGGGGUAUAGAGAAAUGAAAGACUUGCUGAUUAUGCAAAGUAAAAUUUCUCAGGCAUAGACAAUUUGUUGCUUUUGCCUAAGAGGAUUGAUUGUGCAAGGAUAAAUGAGAAUUUACAGUUGCUAUGUGUUGAAGAUUUGUGCAGCAUUGAUUUGCAGUGCUGAGGGUCCUAUUAGUAUUUCUCAAGAUUCGGGUGAUAUCUCCAGUUUCCUUCUGUAUAUAUCUUUUGAGCAUAUUUUUUACUCUUUUGAAGUGAGGGCUGUUUAGUAUCCAAGCUAACUGAGAUGUUGCUUUAAGGGCUUGAUUCAAGCAAAUAUAUACAGAUAUGAUGGUUUGUGUAUAGAACUUUUUUAAGGUUGGUCAAAGUGUGUAAUGCACCAGUGCUGUAUAUACUGUAUAUAUACAAAUAUAAGUUGAAGGAGCCAAUAUUUGCAUGAUUGGCUUGUAUUUCAGUUUAAAGUUUUGAUAGUUCCCGCCAACAUUUUUGGUAAGAUGAAAUGAGGAUU